UUAAAUCAGAAUCUUCAGAAUAUAAAAAUGUACAGAUAAGUACUUAUGAAAAUUUAAAUUCAAGAAAUAACACAAACAAUUCUAAUAUUUGGAGUAUUUCUGGUUUUAAUAGUGAAAUCGAUUGUAAGAAAGAAGAAAUAAAAGAGGAGAAAUGUGACAUUAAACUAGGCAUAAAAUCAGAAUGUAAGGUUGUUUUAAAAAGAUUGAAUUUUAAAGUAAAAACUGAUGAUUGUAAACGAGUUCAUCUCCCAUAUAAAUACGAAGAUUUAAAGCCUGUCAAGAACGAAUUCUUCAUUCCCGACAGUAAUUCUAACAGGAAUGAACCGAACGUACAAAUUAAGGAGUACGAAGAUUGUGAAGAAUACGAUAUUCAACACAAUUCGAAAACACAAAAGAAGAAUAAGUGUAAUGCAAACAAGACGAAAUUCGUCCCGUCAAUUAAAAAAUACAACAACAAAAUUCAAGGAAAUAUUAAAAAGAAAUACUUCAGAGUAACGCGUUCAUCUCACUCGAAACAAAAUCACAAAUGUGAUUUAUGUAAACAGACUUUUGUAAACAAGGAAAUACUACAAGCGCAUUUGAACUUUCAUAUCGGAAAAAAACCAUUUAGCUGCACAACCUGCAAUCAAAAAUUUUCCUGGCAAUUUCUAUUGAGAAGACACAUGAAAGAACACAUCACCGAAAAACAAAGGAAAAUGGAUCGUACAAAAGUUCGUUUAUGCUCAUUAUCACAAAAUCGUAAAGAAUCUACACAGAAACCCAUUCGAUGUGACAUUUCCGAUAAGCUACAUAAUACAAAGGGCCAAUUGGAAAGUCAUGACAGAACACUCCAACCAGUAUCUCAUUGCUGUAAGAUAUGUAAAAAAGAAUUUCAAACGAGACCUUCAUUGAGACAACACCAGCGUAGUCAUAGUGAAGAUCGACCUUUCAAAUGCGAUAUAUGUGAAAAGGGCUUUAAAACGAAAGCCCAUUUAAAAAGGCAUGAUGAAACUCACAGUGAUCAAUGUAAGUAUUCUUGUGAGGUGUGUAACAAAACUUUUAAAACAAAAUGCUCUUUGAGGAAUCAUAAAAUCACUCAUAAUAAAAACUUAAAUUAUUCUUGUCAGAUAUGUAACAGAAGUUUUAAAUCACAGGUGCAUUUAAGAGAGCACGUUGCUAUACAUACCGAUGAACACAAGUACUGUUGUCAGAUAUGUAACAAGUAUUUUAAAACAAAACGUUAUUUGAGACAACAUAAAAGAACUCACGAAGAUAGAAGUGAUAAGUAUUUUUGUGACGUAUGUAAAACAGGAUUUGCAUGCAAAAGCAGUGUUGACAGACAUCGCAUUGUUCAACAUCAAAAUAUGUUUGUUUGCGGAUAUUGUAGUAAAUCAUUUAAAACUAAAAAUAUGCUGAAAGCUCAUUUGAAAACUCAUAUUGAAAAAUGUAAUAUCUGUAAAAAGGAGUUAUUGUCUAAAACCUCUUUAAUCCGUCAUCAGAGAACUCAUCAUGACAUAAAACCGUAUCUUUGUAAGGUGUGUAAUAGACGUUUUAUAUCAAAUUCUACGUUGAAACGUCACCAAAGUUCUCACAAUAAAGACAAUCUUCGUUACGUUUGUGAGGUAUGUAAGAAGGGUUUUUACCAGAAAUCUCACUUCUUAAGGCACCGACCUGUUCAUGAAAAGAAAGAGCAUUUUUGCAUCCAUUGUAAAGGCAGAUAUAAAACAGAAAUUAAACUGAAACUGCAUUUACAAUUUUCUUGUUCAGAAAUACACCCCAAACAAUUACCUUACCAAUGUAAUGUCUGUAAACGGACUUACGUAAAUAGUUAUGAUUUGGAGCAACAUCUACUCGCUUACAAGAAUCAAAUACACUUCUGUUGCGACGUUUGUAAGAGGAAAUAUACGUCGAAAGUCGAAUUCCAAACUCAUCAAAAGAAUGCUCAUCCUCCGAGAGGAAAGUAUAAAUGCCAAAUUUGCAGUAAGACAUUUCGGAAGGAAAUUAAUUUAAAUAGACAUAUGAAAAUAAAUACCGAUUCAGGCGUUAAGAAAUGUGAUGUUUGUGGUAAGAAAUUCUGUUCGUUUAUUAAUUUAAAACUUCACGUGGAAAGCCAUCUUUUAGAAUAGAAUUUUCUGUGUGAAAUACGUAUUUGUUUUACUAAUAUAGGAAAUAUAUUAUACAGGAGAAUAGGUUGAAAUGUUUAGAUUUUUUGAUUGCUUCUGCGGCUGUUAUUUUGUUCGUAAUAAUUUCCUGCAAUUUGAAAAAAAAACUGUUAAUCUAUUUUCCACUGAUUUUCAGUGUGUCUGUAUUUGCUUAAUCUCGAGAACGAAUAAGAUAGAUAGAAGUCGUGACAAGAUAGGCUUAGAUUAACCAAUGGACAGUUCCAGAUUGCGACGGAAGCACGUUAUUUUAAUUAACAGUUUCCGCUGAAAAUAGUUAGCCACAUGACGGCAAGAUUCUAUUGCUAGCAGAAAAGUACAGGAGUAAGCCACUACUAAUUUGAAAUUGAAAAUAGACUAUUUAAAAUUAAAUAAAUUAAAAAUAUGAUGAAAAAUUCGGUUUACAUCAGUUGUUGUUACAUACUUAACCAUUGUCUUCGGACUGUACGAUUUCCAAGUCUGAGGUCGUUUCUCGAAUUUCAUCCAUACAUCUCCGUUCUCGAGAUUAACGAAAGACAGACAGUGGAAAUUUACAGGUCUACAGAUUUUUAAAUUGUAACCCAACAAGAUAUUCAAAAUAGAAUCAAUCAGUUAUUGUAAUAACAAAUGUUGAAUUCUUUAUGAAAUCAA